UUUUCAUCAUAUCAUCUAUUAUGGCUGAAAGCACACCACAACAAAACCUCCCGGUUACUGAGCAACCAAAGGUCGAAAAUCCUCCUUCAACAUCUAACCAAACCGGCGAUGCUAUUGACUCUAGCCCAGUCUUUGUAACCCCGGAUGUCGACUUUGAGAAAGCUCCAGCCAAGUAUAUCAACACACGUUUCCAGUCCAUCAUUCUGUGGGAGAAGCCAGUCAAGAGCGGAAUUGCAUUGGUUUUGUCACUGGGCAUGCUGAUUUUGACACAAUUUUAUUCGCUUUUGCAAAUAUUUGCGGCUUUCUCAACUGUUAUUAUUGGCGUGAACUGGGUGUAUGUCAAUGUCCAUGUGCAAGCCCAGCGUUUUGUCGGCAGCAAAGGACCCAACGAAGUCGUUAACCCACACAAAGCCCGUAUGCAGUCUUCACCAAAAGCCUUGGUAUCUCGUGACAAGAUUAUUCAUUUCUGCAAUUUGCUCGUCGAUAUUGUGGAGGCAUUUACGAUUGAAGCCACCAAGAUUGUUCUUAUCGAGGACAACUUCCGAAGCUUGAAGUUUUUUGGAGCCUCAUUCACUGUUUGGACUGUUGCCAAGUAUCUAUCCACCAAGUGGAUUGUAGGUGCCGGACUUCUUCUGAUCUUCUCCGUACCAAGACUCUAUUUGCAGCACCAAGAAAAGAUUGAUGCGCAGUUUGCAAAGUCAAGCGAGCAAGCCAGAGUUCUAGCCAAUCAGUAUAGCGAAAUUGCAAAGCAGAGAGCUUCCGGCGUCUAUGACCAAGCUGUGAAAGCCACCAAGCGAGGCGGACAAAGCCAGAAGAAGGUCCAGUAGUUAUGCAUAAUUUUACAUGCAAUCAUCAUCAUCUAGCAUCAUUUAUCUGAGCGAUUAAAGUAACUAUGUAUAUUAUAUAAUAUCCUUUUGGAAAGGUAUUCGUCAACAUGAUUUAUGAUGAUGCUCAUUAACUUUGAAAUUGAGCUAUGUUAAAACUUUGUUU